CGUUCAUAUCACACAUCUUCGAGGCGUACAAUUGGAGCAAUUAUGGCUCAAAAUACCAGCAGCAGCUGCCGACAGAGGCCAAAUAUACUAAUGACGGGAACUCCGGGUACGGGGAAGACGACGACGGCGUCUGCCCUCGCGGACGCCGCUCAGCUUCGCCACAUAAACAUCGGCGAUCUAGUCAAAGUGAAGAACUUGCACGACGGCUGGGACGAUGAGCUCGACUGUUUCAUCAUCAACGAAGACCUUGUUUGUGAUGAACUUGAGGAUAUGAUGGAACAAGGUGGAAACAUUAUUGAUUACCACGGAUGUGACUUCUUUCCAGAGCGUUGGUUUGAUCGUGUUGUUGUUCUUCAAACUGAAAAUUCUGUUUUGUAUGAUCGCUUGAAACAGAGGGGUUACUCAGAUGCAAAACUAAAAAAUAACAUAGAAUGUGAAAUUUUCCAAGUGUUACUGGAGGAGGCAAAAGAGAGUUAUAGAGAGGAAAUUGUAUUUGCAUUAACGAAUAACUCCAUUGAGGAUGUUGCCAGGAAUGUUGAGACCCUUGCUUAUUGGGUUACCAGCUGGAACAGCACAUUGUAAGAUUGUACUUAUUUUGUUUUCAUAGAAAUAUAUGAUUUUGCAGAAUGGUUUUGUCUAAGUGUUGUUUUUAUGUAGUAUUUGUGGACCAUAUGUACUUGUAUUACUGUUUUCUAUUUUCAUAGAAUUGCUUGGUUUCAGAAAUUUAGCCAUUGUUUCUUGUAUGGACCUAAGAGGUGAAGGAAGGAAUGUGGGUGGUGUCUGUUUAAGUGUUUAGU